GCUUAUCAUGUCUCAUAUUUUGUGGUAAUUAAUCAGUAGGUAUAGGAAACACUAUUCCAAUUGAAGGCAAAGACGACAAGUAAUCAUGCUUCAUAAUAAGGUUUCCUUUGCACUUCCUCAAUUUUCAUAUUCUAACCUGGAUUUAGUGUUGCUUUUGAACCAGGAUGUUACGUCAUCUGCUUUAAAAUGGAUGCACUUUAUGUUGUUUGUGUAUAAUCACAGAAGGAUAUAACUAGUUUGACACAAGUUCUUUGAGUCAAAGAUGUCCGACUGGAUUCCUCUGGUUGCACAAGUUAAGUCGAUCGUCCAGAUAUCUGCUGGCGAUGAAGAAGGUGCAAAGCAAACCCAGGAAACAUUUGCAAAACGAUGUCCUAUUGUUUCCCAAACCGUAUCUGUACACCAAGCGUUCAACGGGAACAUGGAAGGUGCAAAGGAAACACAGAUGGAGUUUCUCAGCAUGAUAAAUGACACAGUAAAUAGUAUUCCAAUAGUAGGUCAUGCAAAAGGUGUGGUGCACUAUAUAGCCGGUGACAAAAUGGGUGGCGAUGAAGCUAUGAAGUCCGCCUCACAUACGACUGGUACUAUAGAUCGUGGUAUUGCUGGAUUUGGAUUAUUAGGACCUAUUGGUGCAAUUGCAGGAGGGAUAACAGGAGGGGUAAUAAUGGAUGCAACAAUUACAACAGCGGACACAUUAAUCCAUGACGAGGAUAAACCAUACGGAUACUUGAAUCAAAUAAAACAAAUAAAAGAAAAGCCCGAGGAUGCGGGUCAGUGGGUUGAUAUGGCUACUUCUCUAGCUUUUGAUGGUCUUGCCGGACAUACUGCAGGAGUGGCUUACAAUCAGCAAACGGCCAAGGCAAAAAAGAACAGAAAUAAAGGCAAAAGCCAAAAAAAAUCAGAAACCAUCAACGAAAAAACCAAAAGUGAAAUCUGAAAAUAAUAACCGAAAUGCUGAUUAUAAAAUACAAAAACCAUCAGACUCCAAAAACAAGAAGUCAAAAUCACAGAGUAUCGAAUCCCAUGCUAAAUCUGGGAAACACCCUGUUAUGUUAUCAGAAACAAAAAAUUACCAAGAAACCAAUACGCAUCAGCCAGCGUUUUAAGUCACAUUAGCUAUUGCAGAUUUUACUGAAUCUACUAAUGAUGCAGCUGCAACCAUGGGUAAAGUAAUCGUAGCUUCUAAAGGGAUACUGGACAACAGCUCGGCAGGUGAAUUCCUGGUAAAUACUUUACAGGGGAGUAGUUCUGCGAGGUUGCGACAUAAAACUACUGAAAGUAAAGAUAAAGAAGUAUCGGAACGACCUCAAUUAUUUCAUAUUCCUAAAGAAGUGAAAGUGAUAAAAAUAUCUCAGUUAUUGAGGGGAGAUCAUAUAAAAUAUAAAAGACUCUUUGGCUACUCCCAUCAUGCAAUAGUUACCAACGUUUUCCCAGAAAGUAAUGAAUAUGAGAUCGUUCAUUUUCAACCGCCAGCAUCUGGAAAUAAAAUGAAAGAUUCACCACUCAUCAGACAGGAAAUGAAACAAUUAGAUGAAGCGUUUUAUGUCUUAGAGUAUAACGAAAAGGACCGUUAUCUUCACGAGGCCACAGCCACCAUGGCAGAAGUUAUCAUCGGGUACACAGAAGAGGAUAGGAUAGCUAUAUACAGUGUGUUCAGCAACAAUUGUGAACACUUAGCCACAUAUUGUGUUACUGGUCAAGCAUACAGCACACAAGUUGAGAAUGGCAAGGAACUUGUGAAAGCAUUGGUCAAGACCGGAAUGAUUGCGGCGUCGAAGAGUGUAAAGCGCCAAAGAGAAAAUAUUGAAGCAGGUUAAAAAAAAAGACAAGUUCGUUUAUGUGUGUAAAUAUGAAUUACUGUCAAUGUGCAAAACAAGUUUGUGAUAAUUUUAGUAAAUAUAUAAAACAUAUAGACAAGCAACGACUGGAAUAUUACUUAAUACGAUAUAUCAAUUUACACGAAAGUAAUUAGUCUUUAAUAUAAGUUUAAACGAUAAAAGUGUCAUUUUUGUAAAUUUCUGUCUGUAAAAAUCUCUUUCAUUGUAUUUUAAUUAUAACAUUUUGGUAAAUAAAGUAUCUUUUUAGCUA